UUGAAGGAAAUCAUGGCGUCGAGCGAAGAGCUUGCCCUGGUUACCAGUCAGCUGUUAGAAAACGGCCCCACAAGCUUCCUAGACGUGUCGGAAAUCCUUCUCAAGUUUGCCAGCAAUAUAAUACGGAAUCCAAAUGUUGAGAAGUACCGCUCCAUCCGGCUUGGAAACAAGAUCUUUGAGAAGCGUGUCCUUCCAGUGUCUGGUGCCGUGGAGUGUCUGUUCCUUAUGGGAUUUGAAGAGAAUGACGGCCACCUGGUGUUUCCCCAGCACGCUCCCCUGAAUGACCUAACCACGAUACAGGGCCGGUUAGCCAGGGAGCGCCUGCGACUCAUGGCCCAACAAAUCGCAGGCCUGUCAACGUGGAACAUUCAGGCAUCAGAGAUGGCCUUCCAUCAGCGGCUUCGGAGCAGCGCUGAUCACGUCCUCAUCUAUGAGGAUCCUGCUCUGCAGCAGAAGGCAAGGGACUGCAUGGUGCUGUCCGAUCUCAUCCUGAAAGCCAGGGAGAAACUACAGCAGCAGACUGAGAACAGUACAGGAGUGGAGGAGUUCACCAGCCCGCUGGACCAGCGCGACUACCUCCUCCUGGAGCUUCUGAAGUGGUUCAAGACCAGCUUCUUCAAGUGGAUGGACAGCCUGUCCUGCGAGACGUGCCAGGUGCGGAUGAGGAGCGUGGGCCUGGUGGAGCCGAACGCAGAUGACCGUCGCUGGGGGGCGGGCCGGGUUGAGGGGUACACAUGCCCCAGGUGCAAUAGACCGGGUCGUUUCCCAAGGUACAACCAUCCAGGUAAGCUGUUGGAGACCAGGAAAGGUCGCUGCGGCGAGUGGGCCAACUGCUUCACUCUGUGCUGCCGAGCGGCUGGAUUUGAGGCUAGGCACGUGGUUGACUGGACAGACCACGUAUGGACGGAGGUAUACUCUAAUUCCCAACAGCGCUGGCUUCACUGCGACCCGUGUGAGAAUGUCUGCGAUAAACCCUUGCUGUAUGAACGAGGCUGGUCCAAGAAGCUUUCCUAUCUCAUUGCUUUCUCCAAUGAAGAGGUUGUUGAUGUGAGCUGGAGAUAUACAGCCAACCCUAAGGAACUUCUGGGAAGGAGGAAAGAAUGUAGAGAAGAAUGGCUGAUGGAAACCAUAGCAACCAUGAACAACGAAAGGCAACGCCACCUGUCAGCAGAGCGAAGGGCCGUCCUAGAGCAGCGGUCUGCCGUGGAGCUGGCCGAGUUCCUAGCCCCCAAGGUCAUCCGCAAUGGAGAGGAGCAGGGGCGACUCUCAGGCUCCCUGGCCUGGCGGUUGGCCAGGGGUGAGACACGGGGUGACGCAGAGGGUGAUGCUCAGCUUGGUGGUGGGGCGGAGGGGGCCGCAGCUGGAGCAUCGGAUUCUGAGGGUUUUGUCUUCACACUGACUGAUCAGGAAAUGUCGGAGAAAUGCGUCCAUGUGAAGUACUGCCCUGCCUCGGACAAGUACAUCCGGGUAUCUGAUAACAACAAGCAGAUUGCGGAUUACAGGACUUGCCUGUAUAGAAGCCAAAAUAUGUACCGCAAAGAGGAGUAUGAUUGGAACAUGGUGUAUCUGGCCAGAGAUAGAGGUGACCGGGAUGGACACAUUGAGUGGCGCUUUGACUUCAGAGACACCGGCCUGGUCGUUGAUCAAGUGACCCUCGUCGCGACGGCCAAAGUCUUCCAGAACGGCCGGGUCCAGUGGAGUUGCGGUCCCCAAAAUCAGAGAAACACCUUGCUGCCCGUCAGAGAAGGAUUAGUUGAGUCGGUGCUGCGGGGUACCAACAUCACCGGUCACCAGGAGUUCACACUAGCUGCCAAUCUGUCAGGAGGGCAGGGUGACUGCUCCUACCAGCAUGCACAGCUGUUCCGCAUCGGGCUGGAGGACUACGACAGAUACCCGCUGGAUAUCAAGAUCCGUCUGAAAAAGGAGUAGCACCAGCCUUAUAUUUGAACUGUUGGUGGCACUCGACAUGCUUAAGGAUCCGAGCCAUAUAUGGAGGCUUUGCGUUGUGGCCAUCUUGUGGGGGGAGUUCUUUCAUUCUUUGUUCCACAAGUUGUGCAUGAGGAGGUGUCGCUGUGGAACAAAGGAACUGCCAUUCAAGGUGGUUGUCGUGCAAAGCCUCUGUAGGGUCUGUUUGUUUCACAUGGAUGCAGAUCCCUAUCAGUGAUCUGAUGCUGAUUUGCUUCAUGCAUCAGGUGUGGUCUGGUGCAAGUGAACCAUGUUGUGAUUGAGAUCCAGGCGAAACAAACAGGCCUUUAGAGAGAGUGACAACAUCUUCAUACUAGAAGCCAUUUUGAUUCUGAAGUCUGCUAAGAAAUCGCACACACACUUGUUCCAUAGUUGUAGGGACUACCCACUGUAGUGCUGAAACAACAGAACCCAUAAAGACAAAAACGUCAGGAUGUUGGGCACGAUAAGUUAAUCAGCAUGAUCGGGUAAUUACCUUACACUCUCAGUCGAUCCUGUAUGAAAGUAUCUGACUUUACUCUCCUUUUUCAAAACAGUGGCAUAUCCAUAGGGGGUCCCCCAGGAGACGACAGACAGAGCAUACUGUCCAAAACGUUGCAUACCCCCCCGGUUCUUUUCAGAACCACACAUAUUCAGAAAGAGAUAUCCUUGCACAGUGCUACCACAAACCUCUAUAACUAAUAUUUUUCCACCCCUCAGCCCAAGACCUGUAUACACCACUGUUUCAAGCAAUCUUUUAUAACUAUAAAUUACAAAGAAAAGGCAAUUGACCGAUGGUGGAGUCGUCAGCAAAUCAUGUAAUAAAAUCGACAGAUUUGGCAGAUUGUCCGAUCACACUCAACAGGGACAAAUUUUUGUCCCCAAAACUCAGUCCCAUUUUAUGAUUGACAAAGUGGCACCCCACGCACAGUGGCCAGUCAUUUUGGAAACAAAAUGGUGUCAUACAGAACCUCAUGGCUCAAGUCUCUGUGCACGGUUCAGUGGGGAUGUUCCCUUUACACCAAUGCAUAUGGCUUCAGUGAUACAAUGCAUGGUCUUGUAGAAACUUUUUCUUGAAUGCUAGACUUCCAGAAGGGAGAUCUUUUCGUCCAGGAGUGCCUUUCGUUGAAUGCCCAUAUCUGAAACGUGUUUUACAAUUAUGGUAUGAAACGACUAAAAUUUUGGAAUGAGUCACAUUUUCUCAUUUUGCAUAACUGAUGUUCUAUUACCUUAUAAUUUCACAUAACUUGACAAAUUGUUUUCAUUGUUCAACCUUUGUCCUUAAAUUCAAUACUGUUCAGUGUAGUGCCUUUUAUUUUUGGUUUGGUUGUCUUUCGUUUUGGUUGUCCUUAAAUUCAAUACUGUUCAGUGUAGUGCCUUUUAUUUUUGGUUUGGUUGUCUUUCGAAAACCUAAUGAUUAGGAUUGGAGUCAUUCUAUUAAUUAAUUUCCAAAUUAAAGAAACAUUCAGUGUAAUAUAUCAGUACCAAGUGAAGUUUUAGGGUUUUUCUCCUGAAAUAAAAUGUCAUUGGCGUCACAUAUCUGAAUACUUCUCAAACUCAAAAGCAUUUCAAAUACUUUUUGUAACAGAUUGUCUCAAGCAUUUGUCAAGCUUCACACAAUUUUUUUUUGGGGGGUGGUGCUGGAGCAAGCUAAAUCCUCCAGUGAACCAUUUCAGAAACUAGCUAACUUGCUUGAUAUAAAAAUAUGGAAAGGACACUUGGUUCUAAAUGGCCAUGAGGUAACAAGGUUGAAAAUAAACAAAUUUAAACAAGACAGAAAAGUGGUUGGAUUUAAAUCUUCUGCUGAGAAAUCGAGGCCUAAAGUUGCAGUGUUCCUUAAUUAGUGUCUGUGGUCAUGGGACGCUACUUUGCUGCAAAAACUGACAAUGUUGAGGGUAAACUCAAAAUGUGCAGUUCAGACACACUUUUGGAUAGUUAAUGUUGUAGAUGUAUUUGGAUGAAAUAUUAUUAAGUUGGUGAGUAAUUGGAAAUGAAUAAACUGGAUUCAAAAUGCAGAUAAGCAGUCAACAAUUUGGGAAGCUAACCCUCCUAUUGUCUUCUGGGGGUUAAUUGAAGUGAAUUCUAGUAAAAUCGUGCAUGCUUAAAGAUAAUGAAAGAACAAUGUCAUUAAUCAAUGUGUUUUAUAUUUUAAAUACUUGUGCCUAAUGUGUGUCCAGUGGUACUUCCUUUUUAUGCAUUCAUCAUGUCAAUGCUUUGUCUUUUUAUUAUUUCAAAAGAAGGUGUAAAGGUGUAAAGUUAUUUUCAAAGGUUAAGAACACGGUAUGGACUGCAAUGCCAUUGUUAUUUUUGCAUGGAUGUUAUGCUAUUUAGACCAGCACCUGUUAAACCUAAAGGGUGUGGCUGUGCAUAAAUUAUGCAAAUUAAGUGGAUUUGCAAUAAUGAUAAACAAAUACCAAAGUAUUUGAAAUGAAUGAUUCA